GUUUGCUGAACAAUCCAAGAGACUAGGAAAAUUUGGUCACCCACAAAUUCCAUACUCAUCCUUCAACUUUCCUAUAAAAACUCUACUCUUCUCUCUCCAUACCAUCAAUCUAAUCAAACCCCAAUAUUUACAGGAAAUCAUACAAACCCUAAAGUUACUUCAAUGGCACGCAAAGAUCUAGUACUGAGUUUGUUGGCCGUGGUGGCCGUGGUGAGCACGCUGUGGACAGGAGCCACGGCUCAAUUCAGUUGCACAAAUGUGUUAAUAAGCAUGUCUCCAUGUCUUAAUUACAUAACAGGAAACUCCUCAACUCCGGCUUCACAGUGCUGCGCGCAGCUUUCUAGUGUCGUUCGCUCGUCGCCACAGUGCUUGUGCGAGGUUCUAAGUGGCAGUGGAUCGUCGCUUGGCAUCAACAUUAACCAGACUCAGGCUCUAGCCUUACCUGGUGCUUGCAAUGUUCAGACUCCACCUAUCAGUAGCUGCAAUGCUGCAUCUCCGGUCACCCCUCCUGAAGGAACACCGCCACUUCCGACUACUCCGACAGAAGAAACAGGAUCUAAAGAAGUACCAUCAACAGAAGCAGAAGGCACAUCAGAUGGAAGCUCCAUGAAGUUAUCAGUAUUAUCUCUUGGAUUCCUUCUCUUUGCUGCUUCAUAUGGUUCAAUCUUAACAGCAUACUGAUGAUCCAUUCAGCUACUCCACUCCACUAUUUCACAUUCUUGCAUAAUUUUGUUUGUUAUACAUGUAAUUUAUGAUUAAUUUGUAUUUUUUUAUAUUAUUUUUCAUGAACUCCUUCGAGGAUGGUGUAGUUUUGAAUUAUUGAAGAGGCAUUGGUUCUCUUCCCUACUGAAUAAAGAAAAUUAGUUCCUCCCAA